AGACCCAGUUUUUUCUUGAAAGUGGUUUUUCUUUGCUAUUUAUUCUAAAAAGUUCACAAGUUUGUCCCCUGGCCUUAGGCCUCUAGAGACGAGUAGUUUUCUGUUUCACUACUUUCAUCCACGACAAUAUCAGACGUCACUCCCCCUAGAACUUCCAACAUCUUCGUUUUCACAAGCGCUUCCGAAAAAUCAUGGGCAACUGCUUUUCAAUUGUUUCGCAGGACCAGAUCCUGGCCGUGGAGAAUUGCGGUAAGUUCACGGGCACCAAGAUGGCGGGGUGCCAAUUUUUGGGCUGCGACAUCGGGGGCUGCUGCAUCAACACGCGCACGCUCUCUAUGCGCAUCAAGGAGAACAAGUUCCGCUGCGAAACCAAGACCGCGGACAACGUGUUUGUGACCGUGCAAGUCGCGGUGCAGGUGCAGAUCAUGCAGUCGCGCGCCGAGGACGCGUUCUACAAGUUGUCGGCGCCCGAGGGGCAGAUCGAGAGCUACGUGACCAACGUGAUCCGGUCCCAGGUGCCGCUUUUGGAGUUGGACUCGGUCUUCGAGAAGAAGGACUCCAUCGCGGAGGCGGUCAAGAAGGACUUAACGGAGCAGAUGAACGCCUUCGGGUACAGCAUUUUGAACGUCCUGGUGGUGGACGUGGAUCCGGAGAGCAGCGUGAAGGACGCAAUGAACAAGAUCAACGCGGCCAAGCGGCUCCGGGUCGCGGCCACGGACGAGGCGGAGGCGCAAAAGGUCCGCAUGGUGAAGGCCGCCGAGGCGGAGGCGGACUCCCAGGAGUUGCAGGGGCAGGGCAUCGCGCGCCAGCGGUCCGCCAUCGUGGAGGGGCUGCGGGCGUCCAUCGGCAGUGGGAAGGACGCAGACCGCGUGGCCGAGAUGCUGCUCAUUACGCAGUACUUUGAAACCAUGCAGAAGGUCGCCAACGGCCGGAGCACCACGGUCUUUGUGCCCUCGGGCGUCGAGGGCGUCACCAACACCGCGGCCGCCAUCCGCCAGGGCGUCUUGGAGAGUAACUACGGAACACUCACAGCGCCUUUGCCAAGAGGGAUGGAACCGUGAGAAGAAGUUUGAGUAGUUUACUUCUUGCGUCCAACAAUAACAUCGAAGAGCGCGUCAAAAUUCCAGAGCACUUCUUGUCCCCCACCAUGCUAGAAAGAUGAUGCGGAUGGUUGUUGCAAGCCUGUUGGAUGCACAACGUUGCGUGCUUCGCAUGUAGUUAUCACAGAAUGUCAAUGUCUUGUGUUGGCUUGUGAGUAUGUGGAAAUCACAUCCGGUCCGUAGAAGUAGAGAUGCUUUUGAAAUACAACCCCGCACUCCAUCAAAUUUGCAGAUCGACGACAUUUUCUUCCAAAUUAAUCCAAGAAAACAUUAACGUAUAGAAACAUAGGUUUUUCCCAUAUCAUCUCUCUAGUUAGUUUUAGUUUGAGUUUGACAUCUACCAUACAUAGUUUUCAGAAAAUUUAGAGCCCCAAACGCCCGAUAUCUUGACGCAUAAGUACAUACAUGGACAACUGCUUUGACAAAAUUCCAAAAAGACCGACAUGUCCGUAACGUGGUACUGCCUGGCAGGCGUUGCUGUCUUGACGUGGUAAACUGUUUCUCAACACGACAGUGUGGAAAGUUUAUGACAUUCUGAAGAUUAUCUUUCUGGAGUUGUGAGUUGAGAAAGACAAGUGCAGUGUUGUAGACAGCUACAGCAGGUGGAAACAUUGAGGAGCAUCAGAGUGAG